AUAUUGUUCAUCAUUGGUCUUGAUGGAUGUGAUGUGUGGAUUGAAGCGUCCUCACGUGCCCUCGGUACAGCGCAGCCAGCCGUGCAGCGCAGCCAGCCAUGCAGCCAGUCGAAGCUGUUUUCUCAUUAUGAACUACCUCCUCCUCUAUCCGCGUAAAGGUUUUCAGGGAGAAAAAAGGCUAAUUUGAAGGGACAAGCUAAAACUACUACAGGAGACGCCCACAGUAGGCGAUUGCACGAUUGCGCUCAGUGGAAAGAUUUAGACAUCCAAGCUCGCUUGAGCGGAAGUUUCCUUGUGUAAAUGCACAAAUAACAGUUUCAUGGGAAGGACAAUACUUGUCAUUAUAUGGUGGUUACAACAUUAACACAACAUUGGAAAAUGCUUCUACAAAGGAUAUUCCGGGCGGUUAUCAUGGGACCUCCGGGCUCGGGGAAAGGCACUGUGUCGGGGCGCAUAGUAAAAAGUUUCGGAUUAAUGCACCUUUCAAGUGGGGACCUUUUGAGGGCCAACAUUAAAGCCAAAACAGAGCUGGGUCUUCUGAUGAAGUCAUGCAUUGACCAGGGUCAGCUGGUACCUGAUGACGUCAUCUCCCGUCUCAUCCUGACAGAGAUGAGGAACAUAGACCAGAGCAGCUGGCUGCUGGAUGGGUUCCCCCGUACCGUGUCUCAGGCAGAGUCUCUGGACAACGUGUGCAGUGUGAACACAGUCAUCAACCUGGACGUGCCUUACCAGACCAUCAAACAGAGACUGACUUCUCGCUGGCUCCAUCUGCCCAGCGGACGUGUCUACAACAUAGACUUCAACCCACCCAAGAUCGCUGGCCUUGAUGACGUCACCGGAGAGCCUCUGAUUCAGAGAGAUGAUGACACACCAGAGACCGUCACCAGGAGGCUAAAGGCAUACGAGAACCAGACACGACCUGUGCUGGAGUACUACAGGAGUAAAGGGGUGUUGGAGACAUUCUCAGGAACGGAAACCAACAAGAUCUGGCCUCACAUUCAGGCCCUCCUGUCCAAAAAACUCUCCCUACAAAAUUAAAAAGGUUGUUGGGAAAGCAAAGAAUGGAUCAGUUUACCACAACUUUAAUGGGACUCAACUCUUUGGUCCAAAAUGUAACAGUAUCUCAGUGCCUAUAUAAGACCAUGUUAUUUACUACUACUACAAUGUGGAUGAGAACCACACAUUCAACUAAUGUCACAUUCUAUCUCUGUUCAUUCCAUAUGUAGCCUGGUCCCAGAUCUGUUUGUGCUCUGGCCAACUUCUAUAGUCAUGCCAAACAAUGACCAUAGAAGUCUGUAUUGUAGCUUGUUGCCAGGUGAUGUGGUUUUGUAUCCAAUUCAUACCCGUCCUUGGUCUGUCGGUGUACAGGACAACUAUAAUGGGGUAAAUGGAAAAGUGCCGUUAUAUUAGCUGAAGUUGCCUUGAAUUCAUCUUUAGGGCCAAGUGCCUAUUGUUGACAUGACAAUAUAGUGUCUCUUAAAUGAUAAAAACAAAAAAGUGAAUCACCAUGCAAUUAAUGAAUGUUAAAAAGACAGUGCCAAUGAUUUCAGUGAAACACGUGUCACCAGAAACGCAGUAGUUUAGAGUAGCUGUCAUUUGAAGUUGUUAGCCUGGUUAAAACGUUGCACUCCCGUGAAGUGAAACGUCAUACAAUCGAUUUGGAUGCCAGGCUCAUAAGUUAUCAUGGGAGUGAUAACAUACUCUCAAAAAAAGCUGCAAUUAGCCUGAUGCAUAGUUUUAAUUACGAUAUUUGUAUAUUUUCUCUGACUGUGGCCAUGCCUUGGGAGUUUAGAUUUGUAAUCUGAUUAAUGUAUGCUGAAUGUCUUACCAGCAUAUUACAUGCAGUAUUUUUGUAGCACAUUACCUGUUCUUUGAUGAUCAGUCAAAGGAAUAAUUACAUUAGUAAAUGUGUAUACUUUUAUGAACCUUAAACUUCUAUUUCAUAACAAGUGUAUUAUUUAUUAUCAAGUCUCACUUGCUGGAAGAGACUGUAUUCAGGCGAUCUGUUUCAAAAUGUAAAAUAAACUAAUAGAAUAAAAAAUU